AAUAACACCAACUAUGUUAGUUGACAAAAUCAAUAACUUGGUCGUCCGCGCCAUUGUAUGUCUGGCGUUACUGAUUGGUUGCAUUUGGCAUAUUGUGAAUGUCAGUGUCAUAUACUUCCGGUACGAGACGACAGUAUCCGUAGUGCUCGAGAAGGCGCAGGUAAUUGAGUUGCCCUCAUUCACUAUAUGCACUAAUGUUAGCUACGCGAUCGACGCCGACUAUUUGCGGCACCGGUACCCAAACGACACGGCACUGGCAAACAUAACCGACACCAAUGAAAACAAAUGGCAAUACAACCAAUAUCUGUCAAAUCUAACACUGGAGGAGCAACUGUUGAACGGCACGAUCGGCGCCAACCGGUUCUUUAACGAAUGCAAAGUCCUCAUACCCCGGGCCAUGUCGUUAUCGGACACGUGGAUUGACUGCGACCUGAUAGCACCGGUCGUCCAAUCAAUUAGCAUACAAUCCAAAUGUUUUACCAUGUUUAGUCAAAACCUGAGCCAAUUGGCGGACAACGAUAAGUACCGCGUGGACCACGACGUGAUGUUUCGGGACAGCGCUUUUGCCCUGAUUUGGUUCGGACUAAACGUCCGGUAUUUACAGGAGGUAACCAUUUAUAUGCACGACCGGCGGGAGCCGUUUGUGGGCAAUAUUGGCGGACAGUUGACCUACAUGGAUGUGGAUUAUCAACAUUAUAUUAAUAACAUUUUUUCGUACAAAGUGAUCGAUAUUAAACAAUUACCCUCACCGUAUCAGACCCAAUGUGUCGACUACCCACUACUCGGUUUUAGGUCCCAUACGCACCGCGUGGGCCAAUGUCGAGCCAAGUAUUACCGUGAUCAUUUUGCCGGCUGGCAGCCGGACAUGAUCUAUCGCAAUGAAUAUUAUGGUAAACUAAAUUAUACGGAUAUUAGUUUAACAAACAAUAGGACGGUGGAUAAACAAUUAGCCGCUGACUGCGCCCACCAGAUCGGCCGUAGGCCCGACUGUCACUCCGUGUACUACACUAUGAAUAAAGUUUAUAGCCAUCAGAGAGUCAACAAUAGUAAUGAUUCAGCUUAUUCCUAUGUAUCGUUUAAUAUGCCCGCCGGCACAAUCACCCGGUAUGUGCACUCACCCCGUAUGGAGUUGGCUGAGUAUAUGGGUUAUAUUGGCGGUGUGUCGGGCCUAUGGUUUGGCCUAAACAUACUGGCCUUUUAUGAUAUUGGCCAGUAUUUGGUGCGAAAGGCACGUGCACUUUUUAAAUAA